GCUCUAGUGUUAGACCUGGCCAUUGCUCGCUCUCUUCUCGGUUCCUGCUCCCGGUGGCCCUGAGGGAGUGCGGGCCGAGGUCGGCCCCCAAGAGUACGAGGCGCGGGGGCAGCAGGUCUGCGAGUCAAAGUGUCGCGGCGGCGAACUUGCAGCAAGAAUUGGAAGGAGCAGGAGACCGCGAGGGUAGGCCCAGGAGCAAUGGCGUCCAAAGAGGAACAAGCAGUAAAACAUCUCUACAUGGAAAAUGCCAACCAGGAUAAUGAAAACAAGGAUGAAAAGGGGCAGGAUGCUAAUAAAGGAGAGCCUUUCGCCCUCCCUUUGGAAGCUGGUGAAUAUUGUGUACCUAGAGGAAAUCGUAGGAGGUACCGUGUUAGGCAGCCCAUCCUGCAGUAUAGAUGGGACAUGACUCAGAGGCUUGAAGAGCCACAGGCAAGGAUGAGAGAAGAGAAUAUGGAAAGGAUUGGGGAAGAGGUGAGGCAGCUGAUGGAAAAACUGAGGGAAAAGCAGUUGAGUCAUAGUUCGUGGGCAGUUAGCACUGACCCCCCUCACCAUGACCAUCAUGAUGAGUUUUGCCUUAUGCCUUGAAUCCUGAUGUUUUCCCUGAAGUUAGUAGGGAGACACACCUGCUUCCUAAACUUACAUGUUUGUGAUGUACCUUUGUUGUAAACCUUUUGGUGUUGUUUCUUGUGGGUCUCCUAUUACCAGCUUCUAAUUGAAUGUUGUGUUUCUGACCCAAUCUGUAAGUUUCUGUCAGCAGGAGAGUUUUACCUAUUGUAUGGAGAGAUGUUCUUUAUAUAUUGUGAUGUUAAUAAAGCAGUUU